GUGCCGCCAGCCGCCGUUGCCGCUCCUCUCGCGUGCCGUGCCUGGUGGCCCGCGCUCGAGCUCGCCAUGUGUGGCCGGUCACGCGCGGCUGGUGGCAUGGAGCGACGUGCCACGCAGACCGUCUAUAAAUCAGCUGACCUGAGUCCUCCGGCCUCCAUCGCAUUCCCACAAAGCUUCCAUCCAAGAAACCACCCGCUAAUCACCAGAAAAAUCCUUCCAAGAGGCACUAGUUAGAGCCACCUAUUGAUCGAUGGGGAACUCGUACGGUGGCGGCGGCUCGGCGGCAUCUGCGGCGCUGGAGGUGCCGGUGCACCUGUGCUUCUUCCUGCUGGUGCUGCUCCUCUUCCUGGGCUUCUCGUGGUACACGAGCUACGAGUCGGCGGCGGAGUCGUUCGUGUACCAGGCGCGCAUCCUGCUCAUGGCGUCGCCGUUCGCCCUGUUGCUGGCCGUGCGGCUGCUGUCGGGCGCGGGGGAGGAGGGCGGAGCGCGGCGGCACGUGGAGAGUAUGCUGGCGCUGCCCAUGCCCGAGCGGGACUCCAUCCACCGCGCCGGCGGAUCGCCGUGGGGCGUCGGGCUCCUGCUCCUGCUGCUCCUCGUCAUGGUCUCCUACCAGUCCAACUUCCGGGAGAAAUGGUUUCCCCUCGUGAGCAGGUGAUCGAUGAUUCGGUUGGUGCCGGAUCAACGUUGUAAACAAACACUUGCUAAUUUUAGCGGCACUCCGAAUGACGCGGCGUACGUGAUGCUCUUGAUGGUUUUGCGUCUUGCCUGUCUGUAACUGUAGGUGUGAUGUCUCAUGGCCACCUAACAGUUGGCCGUAUGCGAUGUCAAAUCGUAUUACUGGCUCUGUGCCGCACUCUUGCUGAUUCUGUGUUGUUCAAAAAAAGGGGAGAUUGCAAUGUAAAAUAUGGGAUUUCUCUUCAUUUCGUGAUGCCGCCCUGCCCAGCACCAAAGAGAAGUUACGAACCUUCCUUGCUUCUUUAACUAACGCCACUAGAUGAGAAAGGAUCAGGAGCAAACAAGGACACGGC